CCACCCCCUCCCCCCACGCGGGCCCAGCUGGGGGAGGGCCCAGGCGUCCGGGUCACUCCAGGUGGGGGGGGGGGCAACUAUAUCCCGGCCCCCCUUCCCCCCCCCACCAAGGGGCCCAGGCGUCCGGGCCCCAGAUUCCCCCCUUCCCCCUCCCCCCACCAAGGGGCCCAGGCGUCCGGGCGGGGCAGCUCCUCCCCCCCGUUCCCCCCCCCCCGGGGGCAACUGCGGGGGGGGGGUAAAAGCCGGAGCCGCCGGACGGACGGACGGACGCGGACGGACAGACGGACGCGGACGGACACGGACAGACAGACGGACGAUGCGCCGCAGCGUCGCCCUCCUGCUCCUGCUGCUGGCCCACGCUGAUCCGGGGGGGGCCGGAGCCACCCGGGAGCCGGCGGCAGGGCCGGCCUGCGGGCUGCAGCGGGAGCGGGGCCGCGUGGUGGGGGGCUCGGCCGCCCGCCCCGGCGAGUGGCCCUGGCAGGUGAGUCUGCAGCACCGCGGCGCCCACGUCUGCGGCGGCACCUUGCUCGCCCCGCGCUGGGUCCUCUCCGCCGCCCACUGCUUCCGCGGGGCCAACGGGAGCCGGGCGACGCCGUCGGAGUGGGUGGCGGUGCUGGGCCGGCUGCGGCUGCGGGAGGCCGGCGGGCAGGAGCGGCCCGUGGAGGCCCUGGUGGUCCACGAGGGCUACCGGGGGGUGGAGGGGGGCCACGACCUGGCGCUGGUGCGCCUGGCCGCCCCCGCCGCCGUGGGGCCCGCCGUGGGGCCCGUCUGCCUGCCCCGGCCCCGCCACCCCUUCGCCUUCGGCACCACGUGCUGGGUCACCGGAUGGGGCUACGUCGCGGAGAACGUGUCGCUGCCGGAGGGGGCCCCGCUGCAGAAGGCCCCCGUGGACCUGCUGAGCCCGGACACCUGCAACUGCCUCUACGGGACGCUGCGGCGGCGGGAGCUGGCGCGGCCGGCCAGGGCCACCAUGGUGUGCGGCGGGGCGCCGGGGGGCGGCCGCGGCGCCUGCCAGGCGGACUCGGGGGGCCCCAUCGUGUGCGCCCAGGGCGGGCGCUGGGUGCAGGCCGGGGUGCUGAGCUUCGCCGUGGGCUGCGGCCGCCCCGGGGCGCCGGUGCUGGCCACGGCGCCGGGCGCCCACGCGGCCUGGCUGCGCCGCCACGUGCCCCACGCCGCCUGGGCCCCCCGGCCGCCGCCGCCGCCCCCCGGCCUCGAGGACGGCAAGUGCCUCGGCUGCGGGAUGCAGGGGGGGCCCCGGCUGCGGCCCGGCCCGGCCCGGCCCUGGCCCUGGUACGUGAGUCUGCGCUUCGGGGGCCGCCACGUCUGCGGGGGGGCCCUGGUGGCCGAGGGGCUGGUGCUCAGCGCCGCCCACUGCUUCAUCGGGCGGCAGACGCCCGAGUCCUGGAGCGCGGUGGGGGCCGGGGGCGCCCGGGCGGGCGGCGUCCGCCUCGACCUCCACGGCGCCUACGUGGGGCCGGGCCGCGGCCCCGACCUGGCGCUGCUGCGGCUGGCGCCGGAGCUGCCGCUGGCGCCGGCGCUGCGGCCCCUCUGCCUGCCCUACGCCCAGCACCGCUUCGCCCCCGGCGCCCGCUGCUGGGCCCCCUUCGCCCGCCACGGCUCGUCCGUCCCGGGGGACCUGGUCAACGUGGAGGUGACGCUGGAGGGUCCCUGCGGCGGCGGCGGCGGCUCCCGUCGCGACACCCUCUGCGUCACCCUCCCCGAGAACGUCACCGUGGGGCCGGUGGACCCGGGGGGCGCCGCUGGCCUGCGCCGAGGGCGACACCUGGUUCCUGGCGGGGACGGCGGCCGGGGGGGCGGGGCCUGCGGCGCCCACGGGGGUCCCCACGUCCCCACCGAGGGGGUCCCGGCCCCAUAG